GUAUUGUUAUUGUAUAUCAACAAUAAGAAUUAAUUGAGAAAGUGAAGCCGAGGAUGAAAUUUAGACAUUUUUCGGUCAAAAUACCUGUACUAUUUAUUUUAUUUAUAUUUUUAGUUAAUUAUAAUUCAAGAGCGAAAAUUAUUACAACUCAAGAAUUAAUAGAAAAAGGCAAUUUUACUAAUCACCUAAAAAACUCGAAUCCUGUUUCAAAAGUCAUAAAAAAUAUAAUGUUAAGAAUAAAACGGGACAAUAGGACUGAAAAUACUAAGUCAAGAAACUAUAAAAAUCCUACAAUUGUCAUCAAGGAUAGCGGCAUAAUGAAAUUAAAACGAGAAGAUCAAGUGAUGAUUUUUUAUAUAACUAUAACAAAUGUUGGUACAGAUACAUUGAAAUUAAGGGUGAAUGGAGAACAAUGUUGUCAGAAAAUAACUGCAGAAGAAACGGAUUGCGAAACUAUGCAAUUGAUUGGAGGAGAAAUAGGCGAAUUGAAACACGGGGAUACUAGGAGUUUAACACUUAUGUAUCCUAAUUUAUACCUUCACGAUAGAAAAGGCUCUUGCAAAGUUUUUAUUUCAUCCAACAAUGAUAAAAUGGAAUAUAAUAUUAAUUUUGAAACGUUGCUACCGAAGAAACAUCAACCAAUUCCUCCUUUACUAUCGGACUAUCUCGCCAACAAAGAAAUAAAAGAAUGUUCGAGCGUUGAUGAAAAUCCGUUAAACGACUGUUUGCCAGUUAUUUGUUUGAUAAAGUACAGCGGAAAACGUAAUUAUUUUAAUCACACGACUCGCCGCUGCCAAAAAGUUACAGAAUGCGUUUCGGAAACGGAAAGAAAUCUGCCAGACAUUGUUUACAUUCCAGAAAGUAACACUUGUCGGAAUUUAAGUAGCAAAUUAACAGAAAGCGAUUUGAAAUGGUUUAAGGAAGGCAAAGUGAGUACAGCUUUAAGUAAGAUGCACGGUUAUCCUUUAAACGUAGAUUGUCACAAUGGAAAAGCCAAUUUGUCUUACGGAUGGUGCCACUGUGACCCCGGAUGGACGAGUGCACCUUUCGAUAUACAUUCUUUCAAUCCGGACGUCAUGGUCUAUCACAUGUGCACUAUUUGGAGAGGAACCAACAACGAAAGUUACCCAUUACUGUUAGAAAAAAUUUCUAACCGAGAUUCCAAUGUUAACAUUAUUGUCCUCUUAAUAUUGACGCUAAUUCAAACGAUUGUAAUUAUAGCUGUUGUCGUAUAUUAUUACACAAAUAAGAAGAAGAAAGAAAACGAAGCCUACAAUUACGAAUAAAAUCAGUAUUUUGAAUUUGAU